GACUUUAGAGCCACAAAAUCCAAACUUACUUUAGCCUCAUUUUCUAGCUAUCUUCAUUUUGUUUUGUGUUCAAAACAUUUUUUUUCGUAAGAAAACAAGAAAAAAGAAAGCCUAAAACAAAGUGUGAAAAUGGCGACGGAUACAACAACAUUUCCAGAAGGUGAUGCAGCAGCUGAACUAAAUCCUGGCCAAAACAAAAAUUUCCAAGUAGAUCCUGUUUCUUCAGAGAUCGCUUCUGAAAAGGUACAAAAAAUCGUGGAAAAAAGGGAAAACGCCAAGGCAAAGAGAGACCCGACAAAAACGCUAAAAAAGACGAUCAUAAUAUCAGCGGUGAUCGUUGCAGUCGCAGGAGCAGCUUUUGCUAUAACCAAGAAAUUGAAAGAGAACAAAUGAUUUUUUUAUACAAAGUUAAUCCUCAAUUUUAAUCUCUUUAAUAUGUAACUUUUCUUCCUCACAAAACUAAGAAUUUUCUUUACCUAUAUAAUAUUAUAUAUAAAUAUGUAUUUGUAAUAUGUAAUUCAAAUUUAAAU